AUGGACAGAGCAGCGCUCCUGGGACUGUCCCGCCUGUGCGCGCUGUGGGCAGCGGUGCUCGCGCUGUUCCCCUGCGGAGCCCAAGGAAACUGGAUGUGGUUGGGCAUCGCCUCCUUUGGGGUUCCGGAGAAGCUGGGCUGUGCCAACUUGCCUCUGAACAGCCGCCAGAAGGAGCUGUGCAAGAGGAAACCGUACCUGCUGCCGAGCAUUCGCGAGGGCGCCCGGCUGGGCAUUCAGGAGUGCAGAAGCCAGUUCAGGCACGAGAGAUGGAACUGCCUGGUGGCCUCCGCCUCCCCACCGGGCACCAGCCCUCUCUUUGGCUACGAGCUGAGCAGCGGCACCAAGGAAACAGCAUUUAUUUAUGCUGUGAUGGCUGCAGGCCUGGUGCAUUCUGUGACCAGGUCAUGCAGCGCAGGCAACAUGACCGAGUGUUCCUGUGACACCACCUUGCAGAACGGCGGCUCAGCGAGUGAAGGCUGGCAUUGGGGGGGAUGCUCCGAUGAUGUCCAGUACGGCAUGUCGUUCAGCAGAAAGUUCCUAGAUUUCCCCAUCAGAAACACCACGGCAAAGGAAAGCAAAGUACUGUUAGCAAUGAACCUACAUAACAAUGAAGCUGGAAGGCAGGCUGUCGCCAAGUUGAUGUCCUUAGACUGCCGUUGUCACGGAGUUUCCGGCUCCUGCGCUGUGAAAACAUGCUGGAAAACCAUGUCUUCUUUUGAAAAGAUUGGCCAUCUGUUGAAGGAUAAAUAUGAAAACAGUGUCCAAAUCUCAGACAAAAUAAAGAGGAAAAUGCAUAGGAGAGAAAAAGAUCAGAGGAAAAUACCAAUCCGCAAGGAUGAUCUGCUAUACGUCAACAAGUCUCCCAAUUACUGUGUUGAGGAUAAGAAACUCGGGAUCCCAGGGACUCAAGGCAGAGAGUGUAACCGCACGUCAGAGGGCGCAGAUGGCUGCAACCUCCUCUGCUGUGGCCGAGGCUACAACACCCAUGUGGUCAGGCACGUGGAGAGAUGUGAAUGCAAAUUUAUCUGGUGCUGUUACGUCCGCUGCAGGAGGUGUGAAAGCAUGACUGAUGUCCACACUUGCAAGUAA